UUUACUGUUCUACGUUUUCAUUAUUUUUUCAUUAGUUUCUUACAAUCUUGAACCUUCAUAUACCUUAUACCGAUUCAAAAUGGUUUUCUUCAAACAGUAUUUACUAACGCUUACAUGUAUAGUAAUUGUAGUUCAGGUUAUGCCUGCAUCUGCUACAACGGAUGAAGAAUUAUCACGCAAUGCUUGCAAAGCGAUUUUACUAUGCUGUGGAUUUGAAGAUACUAACUCAGCGAUUGAUGGAAUAACAAACGUGAAUUAUUUAGAAAGAAUACGUAAGAAUAUAAUGACAGAUAUAGGCAAGGAAACAACUGUCGUAUUCGAGAAGAUUAUUGCGAUAUUUGUGAAAAAUACAGACACCUUCUUUAACGACGAUGAAAAAAAAGCUGUCGCUAAUGAAAUAAAGGAUAAAGACAGCUACAAAAGAAUAGCGACGAAUUUAUCAAUAAAAUACAGACAAUUUUAUGGAAAUGAAAAAAACAUUGAAACUGUUAAAAACGGUUCCAAAGCACCGAUUACUUUUUUCUGUCAGGAAUUUAUGAACAGUUCAAACAAAAAGGAUAUUAUGAAAUUGUUUACAACGGCAGAUAUAUUAAGUCUAAUCGGUUUUUGAUUAAUAUUAAUUAAACUAUAAAAUACAAUUACAUAUUUUAUUAUUUUAUAUUAUAUUAUAUUAUAUUAUAUAAUAUUAUAUUAUAUAUCGAAUUAUAAAUAGUCUAAUAAUAUAAAUAAAACUAUACUCUAAUAAUUCAUAUUAUAAUAAAUUUGAUGUUUUCGACAAAAAAUAAUCCAACCAACAACGUAUGUUACUAAUAGUAGGUAGUAUAAAUUAUAAAUUAAUAAUAUAUUUUAUAUUGUAAUACUUAUACACACUUAAUAAUAAAGAUUUGUGUAUUUCA